AUGGUAGCAAAUAAACGACUAUUCACAGUAGUUAGUGGCAGUGUCAUGCUCAUCGCAUGUAUUUUAUUCGUUACGAGUAAUGCUUUGCCUUCAUGGGCUUCGAAGAAGUUCAAUUUGCCAGAAGAUGUACUCAAUUCAGCAAAUAAUGCAUUAUUGAACGAUUAUUUACAGCAACUUGGUCUGGCACCGGAUGAAGUAUCAGAAUUAGUUUCAAUUAAAACGACCAUUGGUCUAUGGCGUACUUGCGACACACUUGCUGGAAUAAAAAUUUGUGUAGAUCUUCCUUCGUCAUGUUCGUUAACAAAAGGUCAAUCAGAGAGUAUCUGUCAGAAAAUGAUUACAGCAAGAGCAUUUUUAACACUUGCUUGUAUUUUAUCGGGAAUAUCUGUUUUGUGCCUGUUCGCUGGUAUUGUCCUCACGGAUCAUCAACAGAAGAUCAUUCUUUUGACAAGCAAAAUUCUCACAGUAGGUUCGUUUCUGACUGGUGUUAUUGGUCUUUCAGUAGGAAUCGCUUAUGCCACUUCCACUGGUGGACUACCACUGUCUGUCUCUUUGAAUGUGGCAGCCAUAUUGGUAAUUGUCGCCGUAGUUCUUAAUCUGUGUGCUGCGAUUUUUGCAUUGAUAAUUCAUUGA